GGCUUUGCCCAGUCCGGAUGUUCCCCAGUAGCGAAUAACGAGCAGCAGUGUGUGAAUGUGGCAACCGAGGUAGACAGGGAGGGGUAGAUAGACUGACCAGACCAGGGUUUUUGUCUUCUUUCACUCUUUUUCUUUUCCCACAGAGCCUCAUGUUAACAGUUUAUGUGACGCCACGGUUGUAAACUUGUUUGUAGACGUGAAAGCCCGGCCGCCGCUGCUUUUCUUUGGGACUACGUUAACCGUUAGCGUUGUGAAAACAGCCCAGAAGAAAGAAGGAAAGGGUGAAACAACAUGGGGCGAUAAUAAAAAAAGAAGGUGUUGUGUUAUGAACCGACGAUGACUCUCUGGGAGGACCCGUGAAGCUUAUUUAUUUUUAAUUUAUUUCCCUUCUCCCUUUACCUUGUGUCCCGUUUUUGUUUUAUUUUUGAAUUUUCACCUCCCUUGCUGCUUUGGGAGGUUUUUUCUUUUUUAAAGGAAAAGGCAACGGGAUACGUUACAAGAGGACUGAAGGAUGGACCAAGCCGGCAUCCUGAGAAAGUUUAUCCAGGGGGUGAAGGCCAUGAGCGAGGGGGACGAGGAGAGGGGAGAGGACAACUUCGGCAGCGACUUUAUGCGAUUACGCAGGUUAUCGACUAAAUACCGCACAGAGAAGAUCUACCCCACCAACGUGGGAGAGAGGGAAGAGAAUAUCAAGAAGAACAGAUACAAAGAUAUACUGCCAUUCGAUCACACUAGAGUAAAGCUGACAUUAAAAACAACCAAUCAGGACACCGAUUACGUCAAUGCAAACUUUAUCAAGGGUAUAGAUGGCCCAGAAGCCUAUAUUGCAACUCAGGGCCCACUGCCAAACACUGUCAUCGACUUCUGGAGAAUGAACUGGGAGUACAAUGUAGCUGUUAUUGUGAUGGCUUGUCGAGAGUUUGAGAUGGGAAGGAAAAAGUGUGAGCGGUAUUUCCCGCUGCUUGGGGAGGAGCCCAUGAGUUUUGGCCCUUUCAGAAUCUCCUGUGAAGCAGAGCAGGCCAGAACAGACUACUUCAUCAGGACUUUGACGGUGGAGAAUGGAGACGAAACGCGGAGGCUAACACAGUUCCAUUACAUGAACUGGCCAGAUCACGACGUCCCCUCAUCGUUUGACUCCAUACUGGAUAUGAUCGGACUAAUGAGGGAAUAUCAAGAGAAUGACGACGUCCCUAUAUGUGUGCAUUGCAGUGCCGGCUGUGGGAGGACGGGUGCUAUCUGUGCUAUCGACUACACGUGGAACCUCCUCAAAGCUGGGAAAAUACCAGAAAACUUCAAUGUUUUUCGGUUGAUCCAAGAGAUGAGGACGCAACGGCACUCUGCUGUUCAGACCAAGGAGCAGUAUGAGUUAGUUCAUAGAGCGAUCGCCCAGCUCUUUGACAAACAACUGCAGCUACUGGAGAGCUCCACCAACACGCAGAUACAUGAUGGCAUGGAUGAAAGCAGUCCCGUUAAAGCAGUCCAUCAGUCUGAUGAUGAGAGAUGGGACACACCACCUCCAAAACCUCCCCGCAUACGCAGCCCUUCAGCCUUCCCCACCGUCACCAACGUACGGCAGGACAACGACCGCUACCACCCCAAACCUGUCAUCCACGUCCUGGCUACCAUACAGAAUAAAGAAGCAGACCAGCAGCAGAACCAGUCCGAAGCCAGUCCGAACAAACAGACCAGUCCCUCAGAGCAGAAAGACCAAGAUCUACAAAGUCAAAAACAGCAGACUCAGGUCUCAAAUCUAGAUCUCAAUGAGAACUACAACAACAAAUCAACAUCUACAAAAUCCGAAUCGGGCCAAAGCCAGACUCAGACUCCCUCCUCGCCCCUCUCGCCAGCUGUUGAAUGUUCUGGUGCUCCUCGGAUCGAGAGGAAGCUGAGCAUUGAGAUUAAAAAGGUGCCGUUACAGGAAGGACCUCGUAGUUUUGACACUUCCUCCGCCAUGGGAGUAGCAGGUGGAGUGGGCAGCAGUUCUGCCAAUAGUGCAGGAGUGCUGCAAAGAACCCAUGCCUUCAAAGCCCGUUCUGGCCAGUCCCUGCUGACGUCUAGUUCCUCGCUCUCAGAGGACUCGGGCACGGAGGGAGGAGCGGGCGGAUGUGGGGAGAGUUAUGCAGAUGGGGGCGUCCUAGUCAGACCAAACCACCUCCCCGUGAAGAACCAGAAGGUGGAGACACAUGGAGGGGAGAAAGUGGAGUUGAAGGCCGGCCAUGCGGUGUGGGCUCAGGCCUGCAAUAGCCCUGACAAACACAUCCCCAAAACCUCCUCUUCGUCUUCCUCCUCAGACCGCGUGGCUCCAUCCUCAUCCUCCUCCUCUCACCUCUCAUCCUCCUCUUCCUCCUCCUCCUCCUCUACUCCCGUUAGGACUGCCCUUAGCUUCACCAACCCCCUGCACUCUGAUAACUCAGACGAGGAGGGGGAUGUAGAGAUGUCCAAGGGAAAGGAGGGUUAUCGUACUAAUGUAUCCACGGCAACGGCCAUGGUUACUGCAUCCCCUCACCACGGAGACCAGCAGCCGGUCCGGAAGGUGUUGCCCAUGUCGAUCGCAGGGCAGAGCACUCCGUCACCCUCUGCCACCCCAGCAAACUGCUGGGACAGCGAUGACUCCCCUCCCCCCCUCCCUGCGAGAACCCCUGAGUCCUUCCUACUGGCCACAGACCCCGUGGAAGUAAAAACGUCGGCCUUGGCUGAAUGGAGUGGAAAUAAAGAUGUGUCAGAGUGUGUUAAGAAGACAUCUCCAGCUGACCCUGCAUCUGCUGGCACCACGGCAACAGACAGCAAGGCAGACCUGGGGUUCGGUAACCGCUGCAUUCAGCCCAAAGGCCCUCGGGAACCCCCCCUGGAGUGGACAUGAUGGGAUCAUUCAUCGGCCCGUCCACCAACAGUGCCCUCCCUUUUGUCAGGAGAUGGACUCUACCGAUCUCCCCUGGCUGGUCCAAAAAACUAGCUGAUAGAUGCGACACAGACAGAGCGCGCAAUGUUACGCAGAAGCACCUUCUGAGUAACGCUGUGCAACACCUCCUCCUCAGUCCUUCCGUCAAAGUGCCGCUGUGCAAAGCAGAAGAACACUUACUGGUCAGCUGUCCACGUUUCCCUUUUCACUUCUCCAGUCUCUGACCUGGGAUCAGUCUGGUUGUUUCCCUGUUGAUGGUUAAAGAAUAAUUCCUGUUUUUGGUGACUUGAGAGUAGAUUUAAAAAAAAAAAAAAAAAAGGGAUGUAGAUGUAACCCUUGCGUGAUAAAAAUACAUUUUCUUUCAUGCCAAAUGAG